ACUCUCUUUCUCUCGAUUUCCUUCGCCCGCAUCCUCCCUUCUCUCUCUACACUUGCUCGACCUUUGUCCUUUUAACAAGUCCAAGGCCACCCCGUGGUAGGAGAUUUGGAUAGGACGUGUCAGUUAUGGCGGACGCUGCAACUCCAGCAGCCGUGGCGGCCACGAGCGAGAAAUCAAGACCGAUCAAUAAAUGGGCGAGGAGGAAGAGGAGGCGCAAUAACACAAAGAACGGCAGCGAGACCGCGCAGGGGACCGGCAAUGAAGCGUCUGUACAGGUUGAGGUUUCUGGUAGUACUUCUGUGGUUGCUGUUGCCGUUGAAUCGGGAGCGGAGUCAAAGGAGAAAAACACAGUCGAAUCAUCGGAGAAGAGAUCGAAUCCGCCAGAGACAACUCACCAGUCGACGCCUUCAACUGUCAGCAUCGUCGCGCCUUCUGCCGAUGAACAAUCUCAGAACCCACAGAAUCGUUUGUCGACCAAAUCGCCUGGCAAGCUCGCAGAAGCAGAUCGCGCCGUGGCAGAGAACCGCAAGACGACAGUACAGCAACAACAGAACGGCAACGCAAGCAAGCAGGUCCAACACGAGUCGAAGCCCGCUCAAUCCGAAUCCUCCGCCGAAGUACACACAAUCACAACCUUUCGGCCAAAUCACAGACAGACCUACCGGCCAGCAAUGGAUCCUCGGCAAACCGCAAUCAAGCUUGAUAGUAGCCGAACCAGCGAGCCCAUGGUUCAGAUCGUGAGUCGUCUGCUGCAAGGACCGUUUUAUGUCAAGCUUCCGGGAUCGAGGCAGUCGAAAAUCAUCAGAGGCCCGUAUCGCAAAAGACACUCGAUCAUAGUACCUACCGUUCCUCCGUUGCACGAUUUGAUUUAUGUGCGUCUUCCGUAUGCAAAGCAAAGGACAAUAAGACUUAGGCGCGAGGCUUCGAAUGGGCAGCCAAAGGCGGAAAUUGUGGCGUUUUAUGGACCGAGUCGGAUAGUUGAUGAGCACAAAAGCUCUGGUACUCAAGAUGUCGGUGCCAGCCAGUUCAGUGCCGAGGAUGCUGCUGUGCAAACCCAGUCCCACUUGCAGACACUAAACAGGCCCGAAUUAGUGAAUCAUUUGCCGAUCAAGGUAAAGUUUCCGCAGCCGGCUGGAGGCAAGUCCGACGGCAGCAACUCAGAGGAAGAAGCUGAUUUCGAUUUGACACCGACAUCGUCUUACGAUCAACUGUUUAAAGAGGACAGUCCUUCGGAGCUUCCCAAGGUCAAGUUGCCUCCCGCGUCAGUAUACGAUGGUCUUGUGGAGAAAAAUACACAGCCACCGCCGAUUGUGAACCUGCCUGCUCCACCACCUGCUGAGACUGAGAUCCAACGCACUACAUCGGAUACCACGACCGGCCCAUCUCCUAGUCCGGAGCCUCCGCAGCUGAUGCCAAUCACAAACGAAUACAGACGUACGCCAGAUGUGAUGCACCAGCCGCGGCCUACUAAGCUGAUGAAUAUGGCCGAGAUCGAGGAUCCGCUGUAUCGCAACUCGUCUGAGGGACAGCGCAGGUUUAAUCAGCGUAUGAGGGGAUACUCUAAUGGGUACCGCGGAACGCGCUAUGACUACCAGGAGAACGCCUAUAUCCCACAACAUCAGCAGCAGCAGUACUACUACACUGCUACACCUCCGGAGAAGAACAUGAUGCAGGUCCCACGGGGAUAUGCACAGUACCCUUCAGCGAUGGCAUCCCCAGCAUACGCCUCCCUUCCUAUGAUUGUUCCUCAGAUUCCAAUCGCAAUCCCAUCCCCCGUCCCCGCGACCGUGGCACAAGAAACAAACGGGAUGGUCUACUUUUACGACUCAAUGCAGUACUACCACGGAGACGCGAGCGGCGCGCCUUCUGUGCCGCUCGUGAUGGCUCCGUCGCCUGAUUAUGGCAAUGUUUACUAUUAUCAAUCUCCGCGAUAACUUCAUUUUUUCCUUUUAUAAAAUACUUAGCCGUGCUGGUUGCGCGGUCAUUCUGCAUAUUAUACAUACAUUCUUCAUGAUCUUUGCAUUUAUUCCUGUUUUAUUUGUAAUUUCAUUUCUGCUAAUUCACAUUCAAUGACUUGAUGUAUCUUAACACAGCGUCAAUUAAUAGCAUACAGUUAGUCCAGAU